CUAACAUGUGUCGCCAAUCCUCCUCUUUUUGCUGAGGAAGAUUGGCCCUGGGCUAACAUCCGUGCCCAUCUUCCUGUACUUUAUAUGGGACAUCGCCACAGCAUGGCUUGAGGAGCUGUGGGUGGGUGUGCACCCAGGAUCCGAACCCUGGGCGGCUGCAGCAGAGUGCGCGCACUUAACAGGUAUGCCACUGGGCUGGCCUGGUUUUGUUUUAGUUUUUUUUCUUGCAGCUUCAUUGAGAUAUGAUUGGCAUUAUAACAUUGUGUAAUUUUAAAGUGUACGAUGAUUUGAUAUACAUAUAUAUUGUGAAACAACCACCACAAUAAGGUUAGUUAACAUCUCUGUCACUUCAGAUAAUUAGAAUUUUUGUGUGUGUGAUGAGAAUUUUAAAGGUCUGCUCUUUUGACAACUUUGAAGGACGUAAUACAGUAUUGUUAACUAUAGUCACCAUGCUGUAUAUUAGAUUCCCAGAACUUAUUCUGUCUUAUAACUGGGAGUUUGUACCUUUAGACCAUCUUAUUUCCCCCACCCCUCAGCCCCUGGUAACCACCAUUCUGCUCUGUUUCUAUGGGUGCAGCUUUUUUUAUUUUUUGAGGAAGAUUAUCCCUGAGCUAACAUCCGAUGCCAAUCCUCCUCUUUUUGCUGAGGAAGAUUGGCCCUGGGCUAACAUCUGUGCCCAUCUUUCUCUACUUUAUAUGGGACGCCGCCACAGCGCGGCUUGACAAGCAGUGCGUCACUGUGAGCCCGGGAUCCGAGCCUGCGAACCCUGGGCCGCCGAAUCAGAGCACGUGCACUUAACCGCUACGCCACCAGGCCAGCCCCGAGGUCCAGUGAUCUUUGACUGCCACAUAUGGACUCCCAGAAAUCUCCGGAGGAAACUGUCCUCAUUACGGGAGGAGGUGGCUAUUUUGGUUUCCGCCUGGGCUGUGCUCUGAACCAGAAGGGGGUCCACGUGAUUCUGCUUGACAUCAGCAGCCCUGCUCAAACCAUUCCAGAAGGAAUCAAGUUUAUACGUGGAGACAUUCGCUACCUCUCUGACAUAGAGAAAGCCUUCCAGGAUGUGGAUGUCACUUGUGUGUUCCACAUUGCUUCUUAUGGUAUGUCAGGGCGGGAGCAACUGAAUCGAAACCUGAUUGAAGAAGUCAAUGUGGGAGGCACAGACAACGUGCUCCAGGCUUGCAGGAGGAGAGGGGUGCCAAGAUUAGUUUACACUAGCACUUUCAAUGUCAUCUUCGGAGGCCAAGUUAUCAAAAACGGAGAUGAAUCUCUGCCUUACCUACCUCUUCACCUCUAUCCUGAUCAUUACUCUCGGACCAAAUCUAUCGCAGAAAAGAAGGUGCUGGAGGCCAAUGGUACAGUCCUGGAAAGAAGCAAUAGUAUCUUGAGAACCUGUGCUCUGAGGCCAGCUGGCAUCUAUGGGCCCGGAGAACAAACCUAUCUUCCCAGGGUAGUGAGCUACGUUGAGAGGGGCCUGUUCAAGUUUGUGUUUGGGGAUCCCAGGAGCCUGGUUGAAUUUGUCCAUGUGGAUAACUUGGUGCAGGCUCACAUUCUGGCCUCAGAGGCCCUGAAAGCUGAGAAGGGCUACAUUGCCUCUGGGCAGCCCUACUUCAUCUCAGAUGGCAGACCCGUGAACAACUUUGAGUUCUUCCGGCCUUUGGUUGAGGGCCUGGGCUACACCUUCCCAUCCAUCCGCCUGCCGUUGACCCUCAUCUACUGCUUUGCUUUCCUAACGGAGAUAGCCUACUUCAUUUUGGGUCGACUCUACAACUUCCAGCCCUUCCUCACCUGCACUGAAGUUUACAAAACGGGCGUCACACAUUAUUUUAGCCUAGAGAAAGCCAGGAAGGAGCUAGGUUAUGAGGCUCAGCCGUUUGACCUCCAGGAGGUGGUAGAAUGGUUUAAAGCCCGCGGUCACGGCAGAAGCCCUGGAAGUCGUGACUCGGAGUGUCUGGUUUGGGAUGGGCUGUUGGUCUUACUCUUGGUUAUAACACUUCUCACAUGGCUGUCUUCUUCUGCGAUUCUGUCACUAUAAAGGAGAAGCUAAAAAUAAGUAGCUGAUCCCAUUUGCUGGGAUGGUUUUCAAGAAACGCGGGUUUUAAAAUAUAGGUAGGUAGGUAGUUUCGAUAGAUAGACAGACAGACAGAUAGAUAUCUGGUGCCAAAUUUUGGCUCUUCAGAUUGCUGUUUAAGAAUAGGUUCUUGAAUUAAGUCUUCAUUUCUUACCUUUUUGCACUAAUCCUGAUGGGAGAAAAAAGAGGCAAAGAUAAGUUUGAAAUUUGGUUUCUUGUGUCUUCUACUUUAGAGGGUACAGUAGAAGUCAUUUGGGAGCCAUAGAACUAAAUUUGGAUUGUAAAUGUGUUACUUGAAUUUCUCAGGAGCUAAAAAUGUACUUAUUUCCAUUCCAUAGACUUUGCAUCUACUUAAUAUGGACGGAAACGCACACUGAUACGGGAAUGGCAAAACAUUAACUGACUUGAAAAUGUGUGAAAAACACCAAAUUGGGCCAGAUCCGUCAGACCAACCCUCUGAGGAGAUGAUGGCUGUUGCAGGGGAGGCGUUAGCUAUUCACAGCGUCAGUUUGGGGAAUUCACUUUUGCCUUUUCUGAUAUGAGGGCAUUACACCUGUGUGACCACAUGAUAGUGUUUGAUGUUUAAACAAAUAGACCUUUAUCUUACCUCCUAGGAUUCUUUUGAGGAUUAAAUUAGACAAGGCAUAUAAAGUACUACUGAACACACAUAAGCUGUUAUUUUUAUUAAUAUUGUUAGUCUACAUUCCUUAUGAGGGUUUUCUUCCUUGAGGCAUUCUGUUCAGAGGGUGCUGUUGCUGCUAAUCUUUCUGGAAUGCCUUUGUGGUAUGCUCUCAGAGUCUCUAACAAGUAUGUUUGAAUAUACUUAGUGUUUGUGAAGUUUUGGUCUCUGAGGAUAGAUUGAAGUUUAGGAAACAGCUAAAAAAUCUGAUGAUUAAGGAAGAUGAUCAAGCUAAUGAUGCCAUUUGUAAUUAAAAAGUGAAGCCUAACUGUAAACUGAUAGAGUGGUUUUCUUACUGGGAAGAAUUUUGGUUCUCUGAAGGCAGCUUCAAAUGAAGAAUGUUUUGAACAGUGGCAGCAUUGUCUGGCCACCACGCGGACUGCCAUGGGAGACGUUCAGAUUGUACUGUUGCAGAGGAACCCAAGUGGAAAGAAGACAGAGAAUCUUGACCCAUUCUGUGAUUCCAGCUACAGAAAGGACAGUAUUAAAACCUUAUGAAGAGGAUCGACUGCUGUGGAAAGUUACAUUGGACUUGGUCUGAGAGUAUCUGUAGAAGGAGGUUGCUGGAUGCAUACUCUCUGGUGAAUGAUGCCUGGGUCUUUUUUGGAAAAAGUACCCAGUUUGAUACCAGCAGAUCUACAACCAUGAAUAUUUUGUGUGGCCUUAACCAAGUAACUGAAGCCUCUUUAGACCUCAGUUUCCUCGUUUGGGAAAUGGGAAUGACUAUUUGCCCUUUCUGUAAACACAGCUACCCACCUCGCAGGGUGUGUUGUGAGCAUAAAAUAAGAUGUGGUGAAAGUACUUUUAAUCUAUAAAUCGCAACAUAAAAAUGAGAUGGUGGUGUGUGAUUAUUUUUAGUAAAAUAUUUUUGGAGGCUUUUAUAUCAUAAGAAGCUAUUGCUUCAGUCCGGGGUUUAUUUGUAUGAAAAGAUUGAUACCCACAGUGUAUCUAACACUCCAGAUGCGAUAGGCAGGUUUCUCUGCCCUCUACAGACUUACAGUCUAGUAAUGACAUGGUGUGUCCAUACGAGAAGGUCACCGAUAGACCAGACAAGUGCAGUAAAAUAUUUAUCUAUGGUCGUGGAGAGGUAUCACAGAUUUUCAAAACAUGUUUUUAAUA